UUUUUAUUUUGAUUCGUCUUCGCUCCUCACCCGACGAACUGUCACUGAUUGUUUAUCCGGAGAUUUGUGGUUUAUAAAUAAAGUGCGCAAAAAAAAACAACCAAAAACCACUUGGCGAUGUCUUCCAGCAGUGGGAUUCAGAUACCCAGCCGUUUGCCUUUACUAUUAACUCAUGAAGGGGUUCUUUUGCCAGGCUCGACGAUGAGAAUUAGCGUGGACUCGGCGAGAAACAUGCAGCUCGUGAGGAGCAGGCUGCUGAAGGGAACCUCACUGAAGAGCACCAUCAUAGGAGUGAUCCCCAACACCAAGGACCCGGAGCAGGACAGUGAGGAGCUCCCCUCCUUACACAGCAUUGGUACAGCAGGCCUAGCAGUCCAAGUAGUGGGCAGUAACUGGCCAAAGCCACACUACACACUGCUCAUCACGGGUUUGUGCCGUUUCCGUGUGACGCAGCUGCUGAGGGAGAGACCUUUCCCUGUGGCUGUGGUGGAGCAGCUGGACAAGCUGGAGCAGUACACAGAGGGACAGCAGCUGGAUGGAGGCCUGGGAGAACUUUCUCAAAAGUUCUACCAGGCUGCAGUGCAGUUAGUGGGAAUGCUGGAUAUGUCUGUGCCUGUGGUAGCGAAGCUGAGGCGGCUACUCGAUAGCCUGCCCCGAGAAACCCUGCCUGACGUGCUCGCCGCCAUGAUCCGUACCUCCAACACAGAGAAACUCCAGGUUCUGAAUGCAGUAGAUCUGGAGGAGCGAUUUAAGAAGACUCUUCCUAUGCUCACCAGACAGAUUGAGGGGCUCAAACUGCUGCAGAAGACUCGUAAACCCAAACCUGAAGAUGAAAAGAGGGUACUGGUUAUCCGCAAAGGUGGUGUGCUCCCUGGCCGCCAGUUCUCUCUGGAGGAGGAAGGUGAGGAUGAGGAGGGUGAUGACAUGGCUGUGCUGGAGAGGAAGGUGAAUGAGGCGGCAAUGCCUGAGUCUGCCCUACGUGUAUGUUUAAAAGAACUCAAGCGUCUGAAGAAGAUGCCCCAGUCCAUGCCAGAGUAUGCUCUCACACGCAAUUACCUGGAGCUCAUGGUGGAGCUGCCAUGGAGUAAGAGCACCAAGGAUUGCCUGGACAUUUGUGCUGCUCGGGUGCUUCUGGACAAUGAUCACUAUGCUCUGGAGAAGCUGAAGAGGCGGGUGCUGGAGUACCUUGCAGUACGGCAGCUCAAGAGCUCCCUUAAAGGUCCUAUUCUGUGCUUUGUGGGGCCCCCAGGUGUGGGAAAAACUAGUGUUGGCCGCUCCAUUGCCCGAACCCUGGGCAGGGAGUUUCACCGUAUCGCCCUAGGAGGGGUGUGUGAUCAAUCAGACAUCCGUGGCCACAGGCGAACCUACGUGGGCAGCAUGCCUGGCCGCAUCAUCAAUGGCCUGAAGACUGUUGGUGUCAACAAUCCUGUAUUUUUAUUGGAUGAAGUGGACAAAUUGGGCAAGAGCCUGCAGGGAGACCCCGCUGCUGCCCUGCUGGAGGUUCUGGACCCUGAACAAAACCACAGUUUUACUGACCACUACCUCAAUGUGGCCUUUGAUCUCUCGCAAGUCCUCUUCAUCGCCACGGCAAACACCACAUCAACCAUCCCCCCUGCUCUGUUGGACAGAAUGGAGGUGCUGCAUGUGCCAGGAUACACACAGGAGGAGAAAGUGGAAAUCGCUCAUCGGCACCUGAUCCCCCAUCAGCUGGAGCAGCAUGGACUCACUCCUCAGCAGCUCCAGAUCCCGCAAGACACCACACAGGAAAUCAUCAGCAAGUACACGCGAGAAGCUGGUGUGCGCUCUCUGGAGAGGAAGAUUGGAGCCAUCUGUCGGGCGGUGGCUGUGAAGGUGGCAGAAGGUCAUAAGAUGUCAAGAUCGGACUUGUCCAAUGAAUCUGGAGCAGGUCAGGAUCGAGCAGGGACAGGACGGGAUUCCGACUUGGCAGCUCCUCCCGAGAUGCCCAUCGUCAUUGACCACGUUGCUCUCAAAGACAUUUUGGGGCCACAUCUCUUUGAGAUGGAGGUGUCAGAGCGCCUGACUCUACCUGGUGUGGCUAUAGGCCUGGCCUGGAGUCCACUUGGUGGAGAGAUCAUGUUUGUGGAAGCCAGUCGCAUGGAGGGCGAAGGUCAGCUCACGCUAACCGGCCAGUUGGGUGAUGUCAUGAAAGAGUCAGCACAUCUGGCUAUCAGCUGGCUCCGCAGCAAUGCCAAGAUCUACCAGUUAACAAACAUGGCAGGCUCUGCUGACCCUCUUGAGGGCACUGACAUCCACUUGCACUUCCCUGCGGGUGCAGUCACUAAAGAUGGCCCCUCUGCUGGAGUUACUAUUGUAACAUGUCUAGCCUCCCUGUUCAGUGGGCGUCUCGUGCGCUCUGAUGUUGCCAUGACAGGAGAAAUCACUCUAAGGGGCCUGGUACUACCGGUGGGUGGCAUUAAGGAUAAAGUCCUGGCGGCUCAUCGUGCUGGUCUCAAGCGAGUCAUCCUCCCCAAACGUAACGAAAAGGACCUAGAGGAGAUUCCAGCCCACAUCCGUGCCGAAUUGGACUUCGUCCUAGCUAGUACUUUAGACGAGGUUCUUAACGCUGCCUUUGAUGGUGGAUUCCCUACUGCAGCUGUAGCAUACCCACAGGUUAGCAGCAAGCUCUGAUACUGCAAACACACUGAGUUCUCAUUCAUUCAUUCAUUCUCUCUCUCUCUCUCUCUCUCUCUCUCUCUCACACUCACACUCCUUCUAUGAAACUGAAUACACUAGGGUGAACAUCAGGUUCAGCUCAUAGAGUUCAGAAAAUGUACUGCUUCAAAACCCAGUUUUAAUAGAUAUAAAGUGUGAGAUGAUCCUAUGAUUUAUUUUAGUUACUCUCUAAUCUCUAAUAGAAAGCUUCAUGUUUAACAAUGCACCGAUAUCAGAAAUCUAAUGAUACUAUGUAUUAUUUCAUGCUAUGAACAUGCCUUCCUGCAUGUAAACACAGAUUGUUUUAAGUGUCUGUUGUUGCUGCUAAUUUGGCAACAGAAGCUUGCAGAGAAGUCCGUGUUACCGUGAGGACGUCUGUACCAGUCGAUGCAAGGAGAACUUUACUGUAUGAAAAAAAUUAGACUGCUGCAUCGACACUAAUUACAUUUAUUAUUAAUGAUGUUAAAAGUACUUUUGUUACUAAUUACAGAUCCUCUGCUACGUUUGAGGAAACGAGUCACUGAACUGAUUAUUAUUUCUGAUCUAGAGAAAUGUAAUGUCCAGUAGCUUUAUUAUUGCAUCACUUAAUAUUUGAAAAGUAUAGUGGCGCAGUUGUGAAACCAGUGUAUUACAAUCUUUUGGAAUUUUAAAAAUUAAUAAAGACUAUUGUGAAUACUA